AUUCUCCAGUGCUGGCCUUGUUGUUGUCUCAGCCCAAAUGAUGCUGCAUGCAUUUAACAUGCAUUAAAAAGGAGAUGCAAAAUGAAUACAUCAUGUUCUAAGAGCUUUUCCAGCCAAACUUACAACUAAAGAGUCUCAGUUUCUGCAGACCUGUGGCCCAAAGCAUUUGCUAUGGCACAUGUUACAUUUGUUCCUGUUGUGCUGGUACUAACUUUAUUACAGCAUAAAACACUGUUUUCCACUAGCCUGGCAAGUGGACAACCAGACAUAGUGGAUGAGCUUGGGCUACAUAAUGAUCUGCAGAUUACCAAGUAUGAUUCCAGAGUUAUUCUGUCCUGGAACAAUAACCUGACAGAAGAAGAGACAAAGAAGUACAUUGUGAAGUAUAUUUUGAGUUACACAUUCUUCAAUACUUCUUAUGAAAGGAAAGAAAGAUUACAAGAAAAUAAAAAGAUAAUACGUCUUGAGUUACAUUCUGGUUUUAACGCUAAAGUUAAAACACAGCUUUUUGCAAAAGAAACUGAAGAGCUAAUUAAGGAGAGUGGCUGGACAGAAUAUACUUACAAGGCUCCUCCAGUAUAUAUUCAGAAUCUUUCAUGCAUCAUAUAUAAUAUUUCUUUCUUCAAUUGCACCUGGCACAUUAAAGCGGAAGCUCCUGCAGAUAGCCAGAUUCUUUUUUCAUACAGACAGACAGGAAAAGAUUUUGAAUGCCAGCAAUAUAUAAAAAAUGCAAGGAAGAAAAAUAUUGGAUGCCACAUGAAAGACAUAUAUUUCCAGCCAUCAAGAAAAAUCAAAUUAAAUAUAUCUGUAACAGAUCUGAAAAAUAAUUCAAGAGGACUUUCUUAUUACAAAGCUUUUCUACCUCAGAAAAUAGAGAAACUCAACCCGCCGAUCAAUGUCUCAGUUUCCCUUGAAAGCAGAAGUAUUAAAAUUCACUGGAAACCCCCGCCUACCAUUGGUUCAGCAAGUAAAAACUGCUUCAUGUAUCAAGUGAAAAUAACGGACCAUAAGAUUGUAGAUGUUGCUGCAGAGAAAUAUGAGUAUCCACUUCAUAGGCCAGCAAAUAAAUAUACAGCACAAGUGAGGGCAAAGAAAGAAGUAUGCAUAAGAAACAAGAUAUGGAGUGACUGGAGUGAACCAGUGAUUAUUCAAGAUGAAAAGACAGUGGACAUCAUGCUGUUAAGCCUCACAUUGCUUUGCCUUCUAAUUUUCCUUGGAGGUUUGCUGAUAUGUGCAUGUAGAAGGUAUAGAUGCCUGGAAGUUUUAACCAUGCCUGUUCCACAUCCUACAGAUAAUAUCACAACUUGGUUAGCUGCAGAUGAUACUCAUCACCAGAAACAAAUUUCAAUGCAAAUGGAAAUGCAUUCAGAGGUUAUUCUGGGAAUACUAGAAGAGAAUGGAGGCAACAUUCAACAACAGGGACAUGUGAAGGAGUUUGAAUUAGAAGACCUGUACGGGUGAUAUGCUUUCUUUAUUUACGUGCAAGAGUUAACUUUCUGUUAGCUGGACAAUAUUCUGAUCUAAGAAAGGCUGAUAGUGGAGUUUGUCUGAUCCAAAUAGUCUCUUACAUUGUGCAGCUCUUAAAAUGAACUCAAAAAGGCACAAACACUGCCUUGCAGUUUGUCUCUAACUACUACUGAUCUUCAGCCCAGUAAAAUUACAGCAGACCAAACAGUAUGAUUGAAUAUUGGAGUCCACUUGGGUCAAGACAGAAUUAGAGUUUCUCUCCUAUAAUGCUGCAAUAGCUUCCAAAUAAUGUCCAAUAAACCACUGUCUUCGAACUGGUUCUUCAUACAAAUCCCAUGCCAACUAUUCAAUAUCUGAUUACAGAAAUAAGUAGUGAUGGAAGAAACAAAUGUUUCUGGAAACAGCAGCAGAAGCUCACAAGAGUUCUUUAAAGUUAAAAAAUAAUUUUCUGAGGUACUACAUUGUGUAAGUAGACAUUAACUAGAAACAGUCAUGUGUGAAGACAUUAGGUCUUUUAAUGUGAUGGGCUUAUUCCUUUGUAGUUAGCAAAAGCAGAAAACCUUAGACAAGGUAAAGAAAACAAUAUUGUUGAUGUAUCAUAAUUGUUUGAAUAAA